AUGUUCAAACAAUUGAAAUCAGCUACUGAUGAAGAAUAUUUAGAAAAAUUUAAAAGAACUUAAAAAAAUAAACAAAAAGAAGCUUUAAAAAGGAUUAAUGCAAAAUUAAAUGUUAUACUGUAGGAUAAAUUUGAGAAAUAUUGA